AUGGAUGCCCGCAAGAAGAAGAGAAAGGUCCUCCUUAUGGGCAAGAGUGGAUCGGGAAAGUCAUCCAUGCGCUCUAUCAUCUUUAGUAACUAUGUUGCGAAAGAUGUGCGCCGCCUCGGAGCUACCAUUGAUGUGGAGCAUAGUCAUGUCAAGUUCAUGGGCAACCUUACCCUGAACCUCUGGGAUUGUGGAGGACAAGACGCCUUUAUGGAAACCUACCUUGCAUCUCAACGCAGCAACAUCUUCUCCGACGUCGCAGUCCUAAUUUACGUCUUUGAUAUCGAAUCGCGUGAAGUCGACCGCGAUAUGGAUACAUACAAUGCUGUAAUUGAAGCUCUCCGCGAAUUCAGUCCAAACGCCUACGUCUUCUGUCUUGUACACAAGAUGGAUCUCAUCCAAGCCGAGCAUCGCCAACGUAUCUACGAGGAACGCUCGGCUCUAAUCCGCAGUCGCUCAGAACACUUCCGCGUUGAUACUUUUGGCAGUAGUAUCUGGGAUCAAUCGCUGUAUAAAGCCUGGGCUGGAAUCGUGCACAAACUCAUUCCAAAUCUUACAGUUAUCGAACGUUUCUUAACUGCCUUUGCUAAGAAGAUCGAUGCGGAAGAAGUCAUCCUUUUUGAGCGCUCGACCUUCUUAACAGUUACAUCUGUUACUUCUGAAGUCGGUGAAUUAAACCCUAUCUAUGAUCGCCAUGAACGUCUCUCGAAUAUCAUGAAGGCUUUUAAGCACUGCGCUGCUCGUAAUACACUUACCACGCCUGCUUCUGCUGGUUUCGUUGUUAUGCAUACAAAGACUCCGCAGUUCAAUAUCUUCCUUGGUCGCUUCACGGAUAAUACUUAUAUUUUCCUUGUUGUGCCUCCAGGCGAAGCUGCUUAUAACUGUGCUGUCUUGAAUACCAUGCUCGCCCGUGAAGGAUUCUCUAAGUUGGCUGCUGCAGGCCGUUCAGAUGGAUUCCCACUUCCUCCACCAGAAACACCCGAGGACGCUAAUGGUCUCGCUACAUGA